UUUGGACGUUUAGUCCACAAUCGAGCCCAGAGCUGACUGUCGCUUUUACUUACAAAUCACGCUAAACGGAGUAUAGUUUAUAAAACAAAAAACAUUAUUGAAACCGUUCAUUAUAAUGCACCGUACAAAUAGAAGCUUUAGUGCUUUGACCCUUGUUUGUUGCGCGUUGUUAGUUAUCGGUAAAGUGGACGCUUUUCCAGACGGUGCACCGGCGGAUACGUGUGUAAAAAGUCGCACCAACGAGCCGAAUCAUGGCGCGGCACGCAGUCAAAGUCUGGCAAACCUACCUUACCAAGUGACGGCGAGCAGUAACGUGUACGGUCCCGGUACACAGAUUCAGGUCUCCAUACACGGGCAGCAGGAUGUAUUUCGAGGAUUCUUCCUGCAGGCGCGUGAUGCACAAACAAACGAAUGGAUCGGCUCGUGGUACGAAACACCCAACACGAAAACCAUCCCAGAGUGCUCGUCGGUGACACACGCCGAUAACAGGGAUAAGGAGCAGGCUACCUUCGUCUGGCAGGCACCGAAAGACCGCCAAGGGCAGGUUUAUUUCACCGGUACUAUUGUAAAAAAUUACGGUACUUAUUGGUCGAGCAUAAUUGCCGCUGUACCUGCACCAUUUGGGCGCCAUCAAUAAGACGAGUUUGGAGAACUGCACAAUCAUGUUGCCAGAGCACGCUGGUUUUGUAAAUAUAGUACAUCGUUCAGUAUAUUGUUUCCCAUUCAUUUAGUUUAAUCGUUAUCCGAAUUUAUCAUCUCUACUUGUUCGAUGAAAUACAAUGUAAUUAGUUUUGUUCUUCACGGUGCAAAACAUUGUUAGGAGCGGUCAAACGAGGAGAGCAAUCGUGAAGUAUUAGAAAUUAUUCAUACUCGUUCAGGCACAUUCCAUCUUUCGAUUGGAUACGGAGUCGUUUUCGGAUAUCAUUAGGAGUAGGAAUCAAAACUCUAGUUUACUCUAGUAUACUAAACAUCCUAUUUCAAUAUCCAAGGGGAUUUCGAGAAUUUUAAUAAAUAAACAAUCAAAAUCGACAAGGGUACCGAAUUGCCCGGAGGAAGCUUAA